UGAGUGUAUGGAAAAAAGCGGCAAAAAUUGUCAUUUGUGUCAUUACACCUAAAACCAUUGUUGAGACAACAAGUUUAGAUUGAUUUCAAGAAUAAUAUAAAUUGUCAACGUACAAAAUAUGAGUCGAGACACUGCAGCAAUAAACUUGCCAUGGAUCGAAAAAUAUCGACCAUCAUCGCUCAACGAACUGAUUUCGCACGAUGAGAUUAUCGCCACAAUUUCGAAAUUCAUCGAACAAAAUCAGUUGCCGCAUUUGCUCUUCUAUGGUCCGCCCGGCACUGGCAAAACAACCUCAAUUCUGGCGUGCGCGCGAAAGUUGUAUGCUGAAAAGGACUUCCAGUCGAUGGUUUUGGAAUUGAAUGCAUCAGAUGAUCGUGGCAUUGGUAUUGUUCGUGGAAAGAUUCUUGACUUUGCAUCCACCAGAACCAUCUUUUCAAAGGGUUUCAAGCUUAUCAUUUUGGAUGAAGCCGAUGCGAUGACUAACGAUGCUCAAAAUGCUUUGCGGAGAGUCAUCGAAAAAUACACCGACAACGUACGAUUUUGCAUAAUUUGCAAUUAUCUGAGCAAAAUAAUACCGGCACUACAGUCUCGAUGCACUCGCUUCCGUUUCGCCCCGUUAUCUGAAGAUCAAAUCAUUCCACGACUUGAUUAUGUCAUCGAUCAAGAAAGACUGAAAGUAUCGGAUGACGGCAAGAAAGCCUUGAUCAAACUAGCAAAUGGUGACAUGCGCAAAGUGCUCAAUGUACUUCAGAGUACUUGGAUGGCACACAAGAACAUCACUGAAGAAACCGUUUAUUUGUGCGUCGGGCAUCCAACUCCGAGCGACAUAAAAACUAUCAUCAAUUGGCUGAUGUCCGUGGAAUCGUUUCAAGAGUGUUGUGAAAAAAUUCAAGAUCUCAAGACCAAUAAAGGUUUGGCUUUGGAAGAUAUAUUACGUGAAGUCCACUUGUUUGUUAUGAGAAUCGAGCUGCCACCGCGCAUCAUGUCGUGUUUGCUGAUUAAAAUAGCACGGAUUGAACAGAGCCUUGCGGCUGGGUGUUGCGAAAAACCUCAAUUGUCUGCAUUCGUUGCCGCAUUCCAAAUCGCUCGGAAUAUGGUAUCAGUUUGAUUUACUCUUACGGCAUUCAUUGAAAUCAUCUUAGUACACGGAUGAUUCGAUUAAACAUUUCUCCAAUAAGAUUUGAAACGUCAUAACAUUUCAUAACUUCUAAUGAAAAAAAUAGCUAUGUUUUUGUUUCGAAUUAUUUAUUCUUAAGUGAAAUUUUGUAAAAUAAGUUGGAAUAUAAAGCUUGAAUUAAAUAUAACAAUAAACCAA